CUCUCACGCUCAUUCAAAGUUGAUUUUUCACGGCGUGUGGUUCUGUGCGUUUGUAACAUUUAGCGGUUCUCUAUCCUUUUUGUUCCAACAAAAGUUCACAUAGUUCUGCGCAAAUUACCAACAAAAGCAAGAAAAGGAGCAGCAGGCGACAACAACAAAUAAAAACAACAAUUGUAGCAACAGCUCCCCCACACAAAACUAAAUGGUUGUGGGUGUUGAGUUUGUGUGUGUGUAAGGAACCCUCUUGUAAACACACACAUAUGUGUAUUUUUUUCUGUGAGCCACAAAAGAUUUGAGUGCAUUUUUUGCCACUCGCCCCCACGCCAAUAAGAAGUGAGCGAAAAAGGAGACCACGAAACAACAACAACAAAGCAGGCUUCCAGCGCAUAAAAGCAGCGCUGUCGACGUCGACUGCAGUGGGCCAACGUUGUUGUUGUUGCAGUCGCGUCGUUUGUUGUUGUUCUUGUUGCAGCAUCAGAGCGUGAGAGGGAGAGCGAGCGAGACAGAUAGAAAGGGACAACAGGAGAGGCAGAAAAACACUUCGAACAAAAAGGACGCACCUGGUGCCAGAGUACAAAACCCAAACCGUCAUAUAAUCCUUGCUGUGCAUUCCAAGGGGAAAACGAGGGACGUAUUGUAGAGAGUGAGCUAUCGCCAAUAUGGAAGUGGAAUUGAAUAACAAACGCGCCACCAACGGCGGCGGCCGUCACUCCUCGGCGGAACCCGAUUCCAAGGAAAGUUCCGUGGAGCGGGAGCUGAACGGAGAGAUUCAGGCGGUGGAGUUGAACGGUGGUGGCGGUGAAGGUCACUCGAACGGGCAUAUCAAGAAGCCGCUGCCCGUGGAGGAUGGCAGGAUUAAGCGCAAGGCCAAGCGGCUCAUCCAAAGACAGAACAGUGGUUCGGGCGGCAGUCCCAAUCAAACCAAUGGCAAUGGAGCUGCUUCCGGCGGCACAGGUGCCGGUACAUCGCCACUGGCAGCCAACGGCAUCCUGCCCUCGCCCGGUGGCUAUGUGGUGCCCCAUCGACGCUGGAAGAAUAGCCGCCGAUCGAGGAACCUCAAUCGUGGCCGGGGACUACCAAAAAAGGGUGGAGCCGGUGGCAAGGGCGUCUGGGGAUUGCCCGGCUCCGAGGCUCUGGCCGAGGUCUAUGAGGAUGAAAAUGAUCCCAAUUAUGACAGCGAAUGCAACGAUCGGAAUGUGGAGCUGCGCGAGGUGAUCACGGAGAUCACACCCGAGGAGUUCUUCAAGCUGGCGGAGCCCAUUGUCCUGGAGUACUACGAGCACGGGGAUCCGCACGAGGUGGCCUUGAGCUUCGAUGAGAUACUGCAGGGUCCGUUGCGGGAGCAUAUAACCAGCAUUCUCGUGGAGAUCGCCAUGGAUCACAAGGACUCGCAGCGCGAGAUGACCUCGGUGCUGAUUUCCGAUUUGUACGGCAGAGUUAUAACCGGCAAGGAUAUUGAGAAGGGUUUCAACAUGCUGUUGGCCAAUCUGCCGGAUCUCAUCCUUGACACUCCAGAGGCGCCCAUUAUGUUGGGCAACUUUAUGGCCCGUGCCGUGGCCGAUGACUGCAUUCCGCCCAAGUUUGUGGCCAAGGCGGAGGAGGAGCUAAAGCAUCUGGAGCUCGGCGAACAUGCCGAACAGGCUCUGCGCCGUGCGGACUCGCUGAUCCAUAAGCAGGUGUGGGCCCAUUUGGACAAUGUGUGGGGCAUGGGCGGGCCAUUGCGUCCGGUGAAGACGAUCACCAAGCAGAUGGAGCUGCUGCUCAAGGAGUACAUAUCCUCCCGCGACGUGGCCGAGGCGCAGCGCUGUCUGCGUGCCCUCGAGGUGCCACACUACCACCACGAGCUCGUCUACGAGGCGAUCGUGAUGACACUGGAGUCCCUCAGCCAGACCACCGAGGAGUCUAUGUGCGAGCUGCUCAAGCAGCUAGAUCUCACCUGCCUGGUGCUGCCCGCGGGCAUGGAGCAGGGUUUCAUGCGCGUUUUCGAUGACAUGGCGGAUAUCGUUUUGGAUGUGCCCCUGGCCUAUAUAAUACUCGAUCGCUUUGUUGAACGCUGUAAUCGCGCCGGAUUUCUUACCGACAAGAUUAUAAACAAUGUGCCAUCUCGCGGACGCAAGCGUUUUGUUUCUGAGGGCGAUGGUGGUCAUGUGAAGCCGGCUACCUUGCCCAUACGCGAUUAAAUAGGUAUUACGGGGACCCUUUAUAUGCUUACAUAACGACUCGACCCCAAGGACACCUAGAAGCAACCGCAGAAUAAAAAGAAAAAAAAAAACACCAAAUUACAAAAAGGAAAAAUCCACAGGAAUAAGCAAACAAAAAAAUUGAUAAGGAAAGACGAAAUGGAGAAUUUGUCGCAAAUCUUGAUAUAAAAAAAGAACCUAUCCUUUAACCCUGAAACGGUCACACACACACAAAACAACAAACAAUCAAUCGGAAUUUGAUCUCCGUUUAAACUAUAUUCAUAAUUAUAAAAUCUACAUAAACACCUACAACGUAUAUCUUACCUACAUGUAACUAAAAACGUAAAGCGGAAGUAUAUUUUAAAGAUUUGUAAAAACGAAAUGAGUGAAAAGAUCACAAAAAAGAUAAUCCAGCCAGAGAAAUGCAGAAAUGAUAAUAUACAGCAGUUGUGGGUCUUCUUUCGGUUUGGAUCGAUCGCA